UUUACUUUCCCUAUUUUGCUACCAAAUUGCUGCUAAAAUUUUGCGAUUUCGUGCGGUUUGUGGUUCGUUUGAGACUUCAACACCAGUUUCUCAAGACCAAAAUUAGAAAUUGAGGAGAUGUCUUCAGAAGGGACAAUGAGUGUACUAGGGAGUGAGGUGAUGCCCCUAGAGUAUGGUGGCAUGGACUCGGAGAGUAGUCCGUCUCCAUCUAGUUUGAAGAGGACAGUGGAGGAAAGGAGGGAACGGGGGGUAGUGGAGGAAGAAGAAAUUCCCUCAAAUAUUAUGGAGGUUGAGGCUGAUGUGGGUAGGUGUUAUGACCCAGAGGUAAACAUAGUGUCUGAGGUGAGGGGGUAUGUGAGUGAAUUGGGUAGUAAAAGUAGCCUUAGGGGUCUUGUAAAUAACUGUAACCUUCCUCACCAUGUGUUGAUUAGGCCUGCUGGGGUGAAUGAGAGAGCGUGUUCAGCACCCCGAAACCAUUGGAUGCCUAUGGCUGGGGGUAAAGGUGAGAAGGUGUGGUACUACUUCGAGCCUCGGUCGUCCAGCAAAGAGAAUAGGAGUUUAUUCAUUGCUGGACCGUCAUCCAUCAAAGGAUGGAAAGAGAAGUUCUUCUUUGUGGAUGACACCGAGUGGAGUAGGAGGGAUGUCGAAGUGGAACACUUGUCUGCUUGGAAAGCUAAGAAAACCAAGCAGAACAAUUAUAAGUUGAACGAGGAUGAGGUGGAAGAAGUACGGAAGCUGGUGAGGGAAGAAGGGGAGUUAGUGGAUAUCAUGUACCUCACCAGCACAGAGGCGAUAAAGGUUGCCGAGCUCUAUGGGCCAAGCUCAUUGAGCAAAGUUGAGAUGGAAGGCUUUCUAAAUGCUGUUGGGGGGGUUGGCUAUCCCAAAGAAGCCAAGGAAGAAGUCAAAGACUUCAAAUGUGGCGAACAAGGGGGUAGCAGAGAAAGAAUGCCUGUCCAGCACUUCUGCUUGAGCUUUGGAGAUGCAGCGAAGGGCAGAGCCUAUGAGGAGGAGGAGAGGGAGGAGGCUGAGGUGCGAGGCCCUGGCAAAGGCAAGGAACUCAUCCCUCCUCCUUUGUUCCAGAAAAGUUUGUUCGAAGCAACGAACAUUACUGGGGCGAAGCGCUUUCUCAACGCCACUCUUCCAGAGAGUGCAAGCUGGGUAAAUACUCUGGCGCAGGAGUACGCGGAUAGCAUGAGAGAUCGUGCCAGCUUGUAGAGGCAGUGCGAGGAGUUGCAGAAAGAGAAGGAGGAGCUGCAGAAGAAGAAUAAAGAGAUGCAGAGGAA